AAAAGACCAAGAAGUAUCUCUCUCUUGGUUCUCGCUUAUCCUGUUCUCAGUCGGAUCCACAUCCCAAAUCCUCCUAAUCCUCCCGACGAUGGGCACUUGUGCCGCAACUGGUCUCGUUCUUCCUCGCUCUCCUACCAUCUCUUCCUCAUCUCUCCACGUUAAUCUCAAACGACUUCAAUUGCUCAUCCCUUCUUCUCCUUCUCCAGUAUUUUCUUUUCCUGCCUCGUCCUCAUCGUUAUCUUUAGUGGGAGGAGCAUUAACAUUUUGCAAGACCCUCCCCUCUCGGCAUCAUUCUUCUCCUUCUCGUCUUUUCUAUUGCUCUUCCCCCUCUCCCCUCCAGGCUUCUCCUUCUUCCUCCUCGGUCGACUUCAAGCAACAACACCGAGACGACGACGACGACAAUGAUGUUUACAAAUCCCCAAUAGGAGGAGAUGAUGAUGAUUAUGAGGGUGGGACAUCUAAAAACCCUGACCCAAACCUCAAAAAAGAAGAGGAGGAAGAAGAUUCGAAAGAGGAGCUAGUAGUGCUUCCGAGACUUGAGACCCCGAAGCUGAGCGUGAAAGAGAAGAAAGAACUGGCCUCAUUCGCCCACAGCCUGGGAAAGAAGCUCAAAUCCCAACAGGUGGGCAAAUCCGGCGUCACCCCGUCCGUUGCCGCCGCCUUCCUCGAAAACCUCGAGUCCAACGAGCUCUUAAAGCAGCUCAAAAUUCAUGGAAGUUGCCCAGACGAGCUCAUUGAUGCGAUUAAAAAACUUGAGGAAGCAACUGGGUCAGUAGCUGUUGAUCAGAUUGGGCGAACUGUGAUAUUGUAUAGGCCCAGCCUAAGCAAGAUGAAAAAGAGAGCAGCUGUAAGUCAACGAAAGCCGAAGGAACAUGUUACCUUCAAGUUUCAGAAGAAAGGGGAAUCACCCGCUAGAGUUUCUGGUGAGAAGCGCCAUCAGUUCCGCCGGUCCUGAGAUAGUUUGUGGUGCACCGCACUGCUUCAUCUUCAUUUUUGAACUCUUAAUUUCCGAGAUGCGGAGUCAGACGACAUUGGUUAGUGCAAAUUGAGGUCAAUAUGCUGUUGUAUCAAUAGUUUUGACUUCCCUUGUUGUCCUAUAAUCCCGGUCCAUCAUAAAUUGUCAUGUAGGGGAAAGGGGGAAUUUUUUUUUUAAUAUAUCAUUAAGGAAGUUGGAAAUUGGAUAAAUGGUAUCCAACACACACAGAUUUGGCUAAAUCCUCUUGUAGAUGUAGAUCCCAGAAUUUCCUUUGGCUAACAUGUUCUUAUUCUUUUGUGAAUGGGAGUUUUAAAGCUA